GUCGUUUUACCACAACAAGACCAUUACAAACCCUACGCCUAUAAAUCUAAAGCACAAAGCACCGACAAGUCUACAAAAUAAAAUUAAACAAACCACCAUUUCUAAUUCUAAGACGAGAGAUACCUAAUGGCGGAGAAUGAAGAAGUGAAGCUUUUGGGGAUAUGGCCGAGCCCUUUUAGCCGUCGGAUCGAGAUGGCUCUUAAACUCAAAGGCAUAAAGUAUGAUUACGUGGAAGAAAAGUUGGAUAACAAAAGCUCUUUGCUUCUUGCUCUAAACCCUAUCCACAAGAAGGUACCUGUUCUUGUUCAUAAUGGUAAAGCUAUUCUUGAGUCUCAUGUGAUUCUUGAAUACAUUGAUGAGAUUUGGCCACACAAUCCAAUUCUCCCUCAAGAUCCUUACGAAAGAUCCAAGGCUCGGUUCUUUGCUAAACUCAUUGAUGAACAGAUUAAAACUGUGGGUUUUGUAUCGAUAAUUGGAAAAGUGGAUGAGAAAGAAAGACAAGUUUUGGCGGAGCAGGCAAGAGAACUGAUUAUGUAUCUUGAGAAAGAACUUGUCGGAAAAGAUUACUUCGGAGGCAAGAGUGUCGGAUUCUUGGAUUUGGUUGCGGGAAGUCUGAUACCGUUUUGUUUGGAGAGAGGUUGGGAAGGAAUAGGAUUGGAAGUGAUCACAGAAGAGAAGUUUCCAGAAUACAAGAGAUGGGUUAAGAAUCUUGAGAAGGUUGAGAUAUUGAGAGAUUGUAUUCCUCCAAGAGAGAAACAUAUUGAACACAUGAUGAACUAUAAGGUUGAGAGAGUAAGUUCUUCUUAAUCAUUCAAGAAAACAAAUCAUCUGUUUUAUUAAGUCCUUGAUCAAUUCAUCCGAUUGUUGUAAUGUUUGUAAGAAGAUAUUGUUUUUAUUGUUCUGUGGUUGGAGUUUGAUUUAACCA